CCACACUAUAGAUAUUCAACUUGUAGUUUGUGUUAGAAGGCUUGAUAAGAGAUCGCAAAACAUUCUUUCACGGAUUUAAAUGUUCUUCAAAAUGUGAAAAUGAUCAUUGUUUUUUACAGUAACGAAAAAAGAAGAAUAACAUAUACAACGUGUACAAUUAAAUGACUGGUACAGAAUGCUUAGUAUGAUCAACAACAAAUAUGUGACAUUUUGUUUAGGAUACCGGCAUUGAAAAUUAUGAAAAGUGGAUUAAGUAAAAUGUUAAUAAUGACCGCAAUGUUCGAAACAAUUUUAUCAGUUCAUGCAUUUAAGUGCUGGAAGUGUAUUGCGCACGACUGUAACGCUAACCUUGAAGACAACUACAAAGCAGCAAAGGUCAAAUGUCACGAAGGUCAAAUGUGUAUGAAAGUACGGUACAGAAUGUUUGACAAUGUGACACACUAUGAUUCUGUUAUACGGACUUGUACAGACUCUAAUUGUGACACAUCCUCUAUAGAUGAUUUCUUCUCGUGUAUUGCCAACCCUGCAAAAUACAUGAUCGGAGGUUGCACAUUGCGUUCGUGUUGUGAUGACAAGGAUCUGUGUAAUAUAAGUUCUAACAUGUUGACGCCAGUGUUAUUUAUUACACUUUUUACAAUAAGUAUAGCGCAUUUGAUAGCAUAAUGCGCUAAUAAGGCGAUUAUAUCUAGUAUAUCUCGUGAUUAAGGAUAUUCCUAGUGUUUUCACAAAUUGUAUUUCUACCCAAAAAUGUCAUUGAUACAAUGAAUUUAGAAUAUGGGAAAACAUAUUAUUUAAGACGCGUUGUUCUGUCAGAAACACUUUAGAAAGACCUUUACUUGUACGUUUGAAUAUAUAUGAAUACAAAAUAUACACGUAUGCCUUUUGAAUUGAGAGAAAAGAAUGUUAUAAAUUGAACAGAUAAUUACAAAAUAAAACUAGGGAACAUUUCAUCUUGUUUCAUGUUGGAUUUUAUACAAGGUGAUUAAUAGUUGCGAUUAACUUAGUUUAAAUGUUCUUAAAUGACAAUCACAUGUGAUGUUCCCGUUUAAAGUGAUACGUUACGAUUAUUGUAUUAUGUUACUUAUCGGCAUUAUAUUGCAAAAGAUGUGAAAAUAAAGGACGAAAAUAAAAAGUAAUUAAUUAAUAAAUCGAAUCCAAAUAUAUUAAUGAAUUUCUGUAUACAUCCUAAAAGUUAUCAUUAAGACUAUCCUACUAAACUAUAAAGAUUAUGUUAUUGAAAUGAUAAAUUUGUCUUUAGUGUAUGGUUGCAUAAUGUAUGUUUCUGAACAAUGAUAUUAGAAUAUCAUUAAUGACAUAUUAUUUUAAUCAUAAAACGGGAAAUUACACAUUGAAAGAUACAACGGUAACUCCGUAAAAUUAAAGGCUCAAACCGAAGUUUUAAAAUUGUCAUGAUAUUUUUUUUAUAUAAUUUGUAUAUUACUCUCAGUAUGUUUAAUGAUCAAUCAAUUAAAAUUUAAUGCCGAAACAAAAUGUUGUCAUUGAAUCUUGAUCUAUACAUUGUAUUCUCAUGUAUUUUGUUUG